AUGAAAGUUCUCAUUUUCGACCGCGAACAUAACUUCACCCGUUGGUACGUGUACUGGAUCCCAAAGACGCGCACUCUCGGUCAGAUUUUUUUUUUGCCCUAACAAAUUUUCAUUCACAACCGCUUACUUCGAAAUUUAUUACUCACGCCUUAAAAAUCACUCUAAUUUCGCUAUAUUGCACCGUGUAUAGCAAAAUAGAGUUGCGGAGCUGAAGUGUAUUUUGAAGUUCUUACAAACUUUUUGAAAAAGAAAAAAAAAGUUUUAUUAUCUACGCCAGUCGUAAGAAUUUUAGUGCCCUUACACGUAAAUGAGUCCCUCAAAUGCAAAACCGCGUAUAAAUGAGUAAAAUCUCCGCUGGUCUCGUCAAGAAAUGCAUAGAGUACUGUAAGCCAAGAUGGCAUCAGAAAAGUUGAAAUUAAACUAUGGAGUUUUUCGAACUUGUAAGAAAAUUAAGUAUGUCCCUUUUUUACAUUUAUAAAAGUAAUUUCUAUUUUCUAUUGAAGCUUUUCAAUUUUUUCUUUAAAUUACCUAAACUUGGAAGUUAGGGAAAAGCCUUAGAAACCUCUAGAACUUUUUGAAAUAUACAUGGGAUAGUCUCGGUGCGACCUGAAAAAGGGGAGAAAACUUGGCAAAACCGUGAAAACUUGGCUGUCGCCAGUCAUGCUCAUCCGAUGUAUGAUUUGAAACCGGCAUUGUUUUUUUUAACUUCAACUUUCGCCGUUCAUUUUUUUUUUUUCGCUGAAAAUAAUGGAGAAAGAGCUCCGCGAAAAGGCCGAGAUGUAGUAAGGUCAAGGUACAACCUUGCAAGCUGCAAAGCUGUACUUUGUGCUCACUGUGUGCACGUUGCUCAUGGCGGUGCUCAGGAGUGACCGACGGGGGCAGCACCUAUUACGAGCGGACCUGCACCAUCGAGGACCGCAUGCGCUUGCUCAACUCCUCGAAGACGCUGCUCGACGACAAGUGGAGGUUGGUGGCCUCCUACUGUCUUGGCAGCUCUUUCGAGUCUUUUACCAAUUCAACCAUUCGGAAAUUUUAUUUCAGCAGUUGGAUAUGAGUGAAGAAUUUUUCAUCGAGCAAAACUUAAAAAAAUAAAUUAAACUGCAAUAAAUUAUAAAUGUUUCUCAAUGAUUACUAAAUUUUUGGCUUCGCGCUAUUAUUUGCUGGAACUUGAGAGGAAUCUGCUCAAACUUUAAAAAAACGUUUGAGCAGGUUCCAUAAAAAAAAGUGGGGGUGAUUCAUAAUAACAGAGGUGGAGGAUGGCUGCCCACUGGCUGCCCUGCCUGCCAAGCCAUAAACGCCCAAAAGCAGAGAUGACUUUUUCAAUAGUAAGUCAAUGAAUCGUUUCUAUCGCUUGGCCCAAUGGCUUGGCUUGGCCGCCAAGCCAAGGGCUGCCUUCUCAAUCUUCCACCUCUGCAUAAUAAUAUCUUUGGUGAAAUAUUUUUUUACAUAAAUUUUUCUCCGAGGUAGAAUGGACACUAGAGUUCGUUUGAUUUUUUUGAUUUAAGAUUUUUAAAAAAAUUUAUAGCGUUUUUUUGGGUUUUUAAACCCAAAAAGUAAAAAGCCUUAAAAGGCCCUUUCUGUGAGAAAAAAAUAUUUUUGUUCUCAUAGUUUUAAUUACUUCCAAACCAUAUGAAUAAACGUCGUUUUUGUUGGUUGUGAGGACUGUGCAGAACAGAAAAUGAAGCUUGAGAUUAUCUCUUUUUGUGACUCGACAAGUUGGUUUUAGCGACGUGUUCGACCAGGCGGGUAUGAAGAUCGAGGAAAUCAGCGAAAAAGAGCUGACUGUCUCGUUCGCCUGUCUGCAGCAGAUCACUCUUGUCCUCAACGAGAACAAGGAGGUCGCAAAGCCACUCUUCUCUUUGCUUUUCGAAGAUCGCCAGGUAACUCGACGAGUCGCACAGGAUGUCAUCAACUUCUUCUCAGGCUCUCAUCUCGGACCUCUCCGAUAAUCGCAAGCGCACUCGCACAAGGUCUCUCACUGAAGAAGGCGCCAAGAUAAAAAAGGUUCUCCGUAAAUAUUGAUAUAGAAGAUUUUCUGAUUAUAAAAACAAAUAAUUUUCAUAAGUUCACCGAAAAAAGUAGUUUUUUUAACAAGCUGAAAACAUUGAAAGGAGUUGAAACUGUAUAUUGCGCUUGAAGAACUUUCGAACAUCCGCAACUGAACUGAAAUCAAUUUUUAGCUGGCCCCGGUCAAGAAACGCGUCGGAAAGGCUAAAUCCAAAGUCUCCGACGGGCCCAAGUUUGAAGAUUCGGAUUAAAGCCAAUUGCAAGAAAACUAAAAUAAUAACUCGAUUUCGGCAUUUUGGUAGCUCAUCGGCCGUCUGACUUGUUAAUUAGACUUGCAUUGUUGACACUUUCUGUUUUCACGUCCAUUGUUUUUCACUUGUAAAAUAAUUCCUCGUUUCCUGUGAAAUAACCUCACAAUUUUUUUCAGCGUCUCAUUUUUCUCGAAGCAUUUCUUAAUGCGCAUUAAAAGUAAUUUUGCGAAAUAAGACUCAUCUCUUUCAUAACUCUCAAAUUUUUUCGUUAUUUUCUCAAUACCUGAUGGUCAUUUUAAAUCGCCUAAAUUACUUUGAACGCGACAUAACUCAACACAUCAUUUUUUUUUUUGCACUGCCUUCUGUUAAAUGUCUCUCAGGCUUGGCGGGGAGUAGACGGUCGCUCUUCUUCGCACUAGUGAUCACUUGAAUAGGAGAGAAGAUUUCGUUUACCUUCCGCGAGAUCUGAGUAAUUCUUAAGAUUCUCAGUGAUUUUUAUUUCUUGUUCCAUUACUACUAACCUUAAUGUACUAUGACGAAUCAAUUUUCAUUUCCUGUAAGUAAUUGCCUACAUUUUGUAAAGUUCAAAAGUUCCAGUUGACCGUCCAUUAUGUUUUGCUUUUAAAAAAAUUGUUGAUUUCAUUUUGAUCCGUUGGGGUUGUUUUUUAUGAUUUUUUUUUUUGCACGCUUUUCACAACUUUUCCCUGUAGUGGACGACGACGGAUCCUCGCACGAAGAAGUGUUGCGGUUGUGUCUUUCUUCUUAUGAAGUUUUGGUUUAAUGCAUUGGACGAUAUAUUACAUGAAGUAGCAACCUAGGAGCUGAAAAAAUCCGGAAGAAAUCAUUAAAUUGAAGAGCAGUUGAUCAAACACUGCGUCGUACGACACGAUCGUGCGAAGAUCCUACGUCGAUUUUUCAAAAUGACGAAUGUUGAAAAGGAGUUUUUCAUUUUGUUUACUUAUCCUACUGAUUUACCUAUAUCUGCAUAAAAACAAUAAACACUUUUAUGGGAUUUGCCAGAAACCUAUAAAGAAGGAAUUUUUUUUGAUUUUUUUUUUGAAUCUCCAGUUGAAAAGUAUUUAUUUUUUGUUCUGUAGAAAACACUUCUUCAUUUUUUGGUAUUCAUCAGUGUUAUUUUCCCAUGGGAAAAACAGUUUUGGAAAGUGUAAUAAUUGCAAUGGCCUUUCUGUUCAAACGAGACGAUUUUUCAGAUGCAAGACCGUUGGAUUGAAAUGAAUAGGUAACCGUGAAACGAAAGAGAAUGGACAGGGUGCCGUCGGAAUGCGAGAGGCGGAGCUUCAGGUACUUUGACUUCUGACCGACAGCCGAUAUCAGCUGUCUGCGACUAUUUCCAGAUACACUCCUAUCAAUCUUUUUCUUAUCUCUCACCUAUCGGACUCCGCCCAAAGUUCUGCUUCCCUUGGUAAAACUUCACAGAAGAAAUUAGUCGAGAUUUUCUGCGAUCUAAUACUUUCAUCAGACAAUUUUACCCCAAAUGUUUUGGGAUGCGCUUUUGAAGCGAUUCUUUUCAUCAGAACUUUGAAGAUUUGAUUCCGAACUUGAAACAUCCUGAUUCCAUUCUUAUAAGACAGGGCGUCUUCUGUUUCCCGAAGUUUUAAAUUCUAAUGUGUUUAGAAUCAAUAAAUUUUUCACAAUAUUUUUCCAACUUGUAUAGUUCAUUAUUUUUGGGCCUACUUCAUCAUUUCCCAAUAUCAAUCGUUCUUGGACAUUUUUUAAAAGGUCUCUUUCGAAUAAACCACGUCGUACAUUUCAUUUCGCUUUUUUGUCUGCUGAGAUUCUCUAGAUUAUUAGACUUUGUUCGACCUUCUAUCGUUCGAUAAAGUUGAAAUAGAUUACUUAUUGAGACUUAUCAAAGUGGUCGCUCAGUUGAUUAUCUUGAUGUCUUGAUGGACACCUUCCUUUUUCCUCUGAUGGCAGGUGUCAUCUCUAACUACUUUCCAUGUACCAAAAGUUUUCUUAAAGCUCAUAUUGUCGGGAUAAAAUACCUCUUCAUAACCAUUUGAGCAUCUACUGAGCAGUUGGUAAAUCAAUUGUAAACAUUUUUUAUUGAGUUUCUUACCUAUAUUUUUGAAAAAAAUAAUUCUCUAUCUUUCUCAGAAUAACAUUGCUUCAAUAAAAAACUCAGUUUAUUUGUCUGUAACAUUUUUUGUCUUUCAGAUGCUGGAUUUAUGGAACUUCGUGCUCAAUUUUUAUACGACAAGCUUCCUUUUCGUCUACUUGACGACAUCACUCUUGAUUCUGAAAAAACGAAGUUGGGGUGAGUCAAAAAGCCGCCAAGUCUGUUCUUCAACUGGCGCGACGUUUGUCGCACGAUUGGAGUGGGGUGAUAUCUGAGAAAAGAAGUGCACGAGGGAACGCCAAGCAUGAACCCCACGUGCGGAGGGGCAAGUGGUCACCAAAAGAGCCUCUGUUCAUCCUUCCAAAAUAAUAGCAAACUUCGCGUUUGUCUGAAUCACAACGGCAUUAUUGUGACGAAAAAAACAUUUCUUGGUCAGUGCGAAAAGUCACAAAAAUAUAAGAUCAUCAGAACAAAUAAACAAAAACUGUUUUGUUUCGAAUUAAUCUGAUGUUCGAAGCAACACCGUUAGAGGAACAUGGAAUGAUUAUUCUUGAGAAGUUUUCAUGACGAUUUGCAGGGAUCUUUCCGGAGGUUACUCUAGGCUGGCUGGAGCUUCUGCUCGACAGAUUGGCGUCGGACGAGAUUGCCGCAGUCCCUUCCUUCGGCAAAAAACAUUUGACCCCGAAACUCGUCGAACAAGGUAAUAAUUCCUCCAAGAGUUCUUUCUCAGAUCCGACUUCAGAACGCGACGCUUCUCCGUUUGAGAUGUCCGCCACGUUGCUCACCUGCGGAAUCGAAGCCAUUUUGCAGGUAAAACUCAUAAAAAUUGAAAAAAAGAACACUCUUUGACUUUUUUGAAUCCUAAUGAGUUUUUAGUUCCUUAGUUUCACACAAGGAUUACUGAACUGUUUUAUUGGGAUCGCUCUACUUUCCUUGUUUGCCACAUUUGUUUUAAAUUUAUGAAAUUGAGGACGACUUAAGCCGUGGAUUCACUGAAGCCGAAAAGAGAGGCUACUCGUUACUCGAGAUGCCGAAGAACGCCAGAAAUCAGAAGACUCUGACGACGAUGUACUCAGCGCUGUUCCUCUUCCGCUGGACGUUUCUUCUGCCGCUGCGCGUCGCCUUCAUGAUAACUGCGGUCGUCUUUCUUUCCAUGUCCUCUGUAUUUUGCAUUUUUGUCGGCGCUUCCCAGAGACAAGGUCGGUUACACGAAGUGCCGUCCGCGUCAAGAAUCCACUUGAUAUUUCAGUUCGGUAUUGCGGCGUUGUUUUCGCUCGAUUUUUCAACGUGGCCACGGGGCUCGUCGUCAGAUCUCACGACAAACAUCACCGACCUGCUUCUUCAGGUUUUAUCCAACAUCCUUGAAACCAACUGGAAAAUUCAAUUGCAAUUGGAAUGGCUCGAUCAAAUCGAGAUUCGAGCUGUAGAACGUCAAGUAGCGGCGACUUUUCGAGCCAUUCCUUUUGCUGCAUUCAACGGUUUGACAAUUGAAACAGCUCCUUUUUCCAGGGAUCGUUGUUUCUAACCACCUCAGCUUGAAUGACGUCAUGACUUUGUACUCAGACGUGCCACUCGACAGCAAAGGUUUCUUUUAGACUAUCUCAGCUUUUCCAUUCGAAUUUGAAGGGUACGCCGUGACAGCCCAGUCUCACGGUGGCUUCGUGACAGUGCUGCAGAAGUACGGCUCCUACCUGACGCCGGUGCUGCUCAUCGACCGCGAGAACAAAGCCGACCGGACAGGCCUCCGUGACGCCAUUCUUCGCUACGCGACGCAGAAAGACGCAACGCCGCCGCUCGUCUUCCCUGAGGGAUUCUGCGUCAACAACGACGUCGUCCUACAGUUCCGCAAGUCGGCCUUCGUGGACGGAAUCACUUUCCAUCCCAUCGCCAUGAAGCAAAAUCCGAGGUUGAUAAUUUUCAGCAAUGAAAUUUUUCCAAUAAAGUAUAUCUAAAUAUUAAAAUUAUCUUCUUUUCCACUAAAUACUGAUCUCAUAACUUCGAAAGGAGACUAGCUUUUGAAAAGUCCGAGAUAGCCUCCCCGUUUCAUGGAAAAAAGGUUAGAGCUCAAAAAAUCGUCUGCGCAUCAUAUUUUCUUGAAUCUUUUUUGAAUCGUUGAACGUUUUGACCGUUUUUGAAUGAGUUUUUGAAUCGUUGAACGUUUUGAAAGUUUUUGAAAGAAUUUUGUAAUCGUUUUUAAAGUCCAAAACAGAAAGUUUCUGAAUCAAAAAGGUCAGUUUACUAUGCGAAUGCGAUUUUUCUGAGAAUUAGCCGGAACACCCCUCAAUGUACGGAAAGUAGAGCCAGAAAGCCUCAUUCUACAAAACUUCUGAGUUUUCAAGAAAUAACUACCCAAUUUAGCCUAUUUCAACAACGAGAAAGAUAAUUUUCGAGGGCUUUCUCUGGUUUUAGGUUUUCUUUCUCAAAAACUAGGAAGUUUUGCGGGUUGAAUUCUUCAGGCUUCAGUAUAUCAAGGGGUGUUCAGGCUAGUUUUCCGAAGGGAAAAACUACUGCAAAAAAUAAGGACCAACUUGAUUUUUAAAAAAACCAAUGUAUACAGUUUCUUUUUAAUUAUGAAUUUUGGAAACUCCGUUUGUCGUUCUCAGUUUCCAUACCCUGUUUGGCCUUUUUCGAACCUUUUUCUCUCCAGGCGGUGAUGCAUAGCUAUGAAUAUUUCAAAUAAAAAAAAAAUCUUGUAAUAACGCAAAUUUUUCUGUGCUUGACAACUUUCGCUUUUUCAGAUUCGGCGACUCAUUUUGGCGCGAAGACACGUACCUACCGUAUCUUUUGCGAUGCAUGACUUCUCUGGCCUUGCAAAUCGACAUAGUAUAUCUGCCGACAAUGCACAAAAUCCCUUCUGGUGAGAUCUUCCAACUCUUUCGGUCUAAGAAGACACGCUUUGUUUCUUUUCCAUCCGGCUGUUUUUGCGCGGCUAACUUUCUAAGGCAUUGUUUAUCUGAUGAGAGCCGCGCGAGUCGCCGUCGCCCGGUUGAAAGGCUCCAGAUGUGAGUUGACCCCGUAAGCAUUGUUGACAACAAAAAAAAAAGAAUUCUGUUGUCGAUUUACUCGGCCGCAGCCGGAUCGCAGCCAUUCAAAAACCGUGUAAGAUUGCGUGGGAAAGCAAAAUGCCGACAUUCAAAGCGGGAGACUGCGAGAGCGUGGCUCGUCCUGUUGCACUUUUCGCGUCUCCAAAGUGCCCUUUACCAGUCAUGCCGUUUUCGGUGACGCACCAGCCAAACGGCUAUCUCUGCAAAACUGACCGCCUAACUUUUUCAAAUGUUUCAACGAUAGCUAUUACGGGAAAUAAUCUAUUGAUAUAGCCACUUUUCAUUAUUUAAUUUGAAAUUUCUUCUUUUUCUCUUCUUUAUUAUUUGCGUUUUUACAAUUAAAAAGAAACGGUUAGAUUCCGCCAACAUAAAAUACGACAAAAGGAGUUUUCAGAUAGUUUAAUUUUUCGGAGACUCGAAUCAGCGCUUUUCUGAUCAUUAGAAAUGAAUAUCACCAACUGCCUUUUAUCAAUUCGAAGUAGAGUAUAUCUUCAAGUUUUCAAAGGAAGCAAAAAAGAGCGUUUGAUCGUUGAGAUGAUUGACUUCACUAACAACGACAAACAAAAUGCGAGAGAGAAAGUUGGUUUCAGAAGACGAGGCUGAGUUCGCACGUCGCGUGCAGACGACCAUCGCAGGAGCCAUCGGGCGCGACGCUCUUCCCUACGGUGGUCACUUGAAGAAGCCGUCUCAGCGACAUCGGCAUCUUAUGCAGCUGCAGGCCGCCAUCGCCGCCAACUUCCUCGAUUCCAUCGAGUAG